AUGUUGACUGCAUAUUCAGUAUCUCGCAUGUAUCUGAUCACGGCGGCUUCCCCAUUUCAGCAGAACAGGCCGUCCAAGGUGGAGGAUUUUCGCCGUGCAGCCAGCCAGCCUAGUGCCCUUUCUGGUGCCAUGGCUUCGAAGCUUUCUCUGGUGCUUGCAGCACUUCUCGCUUCUUAUUUGAUCGGGUCUCUCGCAGAGCCUGUCGGCAGUUUGCGAGGAGCUGACAGAGCAGUGGACAGCGGGGUGGAGGUACCAGACGUCAGUGGGCUGCCGGACACACCGGGGCCAUACCAAGAGGAGCCCAACAACACGGAUGCUGACAAACCCAAGGCAGCAAUCGUUGACUGGAGAGCUCAGGUGCCCAAUGCCACCCAGGGCAGUUUGGGAAGUCUGCUGUCGUUGAGUGCUUGGCAGGAGCACCAGUUCUGCAAUCUUCACAAGACGGGCUUCUUCUGCGAGAAUUCCACGCGGAUUCGCUGCUGCAAGUUGGAGGGCGGCUACGCCAAAUGCGGCUCCACUGCUAACUCCAGUGCCUGCAGUGAGAAGUUGCCCGAGGAGCCGAA